AGUUAUUUUGCGAGAUUUUGAUACAUGAUUGUUCCCCCCAGGCUCCCCACUCUUAUCGCAGAAGAUCGGACCAGAAUACCUGUAGCCUGGUAUCUCUGGCAUAUUCUACAUCUGACACCCUCCAGGGAAGCCGAAUCACGGGCAGCCUCGUCGCAGUAGUACUUGUUAUCGCUGAAUUUUGAGUCCGCGGGGCUCCCAACCAGCAAAAUGGUGAACAUCACGGAGAAGAUCAAAGAGAUUGAAGAUGAGAUGCGCAGGACGCAGAAGAACAAGGCCACAGAAUACCAUCUGGGUCUGCUGAAGGGAAAGCUCGCCCGAUUAAGAGCCCAACUUCUAGAGCCGACAGGCGGUUCCGGCGGCGCUGGCGCAGGUUUCGAUGUCAGCAAGAGUGGUGAUGCGCGUGUUGCCCUUGUCGGUUUCCCCUCCGUCGGUAAAUCGACGUUCCUGAGCAAGAUCACGAAGACGAGGAGUGAGGCUGCGGCGUACUCUUUCACCACGUUGACUGCUAUCCCGGGUGUUUUGGAAUAUGGGGGUGCGGAGAUCCAGAUUCUUGAUCUUCCUGGUAUCAUCGAGGGUGCUGCUGAGGGUAAGGGAAGAGGCCGUCAGGUUAUCUCUGCUGCUAAGACUAGUGAUUUGAUUCUCAUGGUUCUCGAUGCCACUAAGCGAGCAGAACAGCGGGCACUCCUAGAGGCGGAAUUGGAUGCCGUUGGUAUUCGUCUGAACAAGGAGCCUCCAAACAUCUACCUCAAACAAAAGAAAGCAGGCGGAGUGAAGAUCACCUUCCAGACACCCCCAAAAUACCUCGACGAAAAGCUCAUCUUCAACGUCCUCCGUGACUACAAGAUGCUAAACUGUGAAGUUUUGAUCCGAGAUGAAUACGCAACAAUCGACGACUUCAUCGACGUCAUCAUGAAAGACCACAGAAAAUACAUCAGAUGUCUCUACGUAUAUAACAAGAUCGACAGCAUCAGUCUCGACUUCCUGAACCAACUCGCCCGUGAACCGCAUACCGCCGUAAUGAGUUGUGAACUAGACCUCGGCGUCCAGGAAGUAGUUGAACGGAUCUGGAAAGAACUUCGUUUGAUCAGAGUAUACACGAAACGGAAAGGAGAAGAGCCUGAUUUCAGCGAAGCGUUGAUUGUACGGAGCAAUUCUUCCAUCGAGGACGUCUGCGAUAGCAUUCACCGGACGUUGAAAGAAUCGUUUAAGUAUGCUUUGGUGUGGGGUGCAAGUGCGCGGCAUAUCCCGCAACGAGUGGGAUUGGGACAUAUUGUGGCGGAUGAGGAUGUGGUUUCGAUAGUUGCGAAGUAAUUGCGAUAUGGGGGUUACUCCUAUGAGACGAAUGCCUUAGAACUAAAUAUGACGUGACCCUGAAGCGA